ACAAUGCUUUUUCUGCUCAAACCUACUCGUAAUGGUGUAAUUAUCUCAUCAAUUUAUUUCGUGCUCUAUUAAGAAUAUAAAAAGGAUAAUUUUUAAUUACAAAAAUUUGACACUAGUGGCAGUUCUGGCUUAGGGUAUAAAUUAAAUAUGAGCCAGCUAAAAAUAUCAGACAGAGUGAACAAUGCGUGUAAUUAUGUACGAAAUUUAUUUUCCUGGUGACCUCAAAGCCAACAGCCGUCUACGUCGCAUAUCACCUAUUAAGAUUGCAGGAAAAGGAGCGCUGCUAACCCAGUGGCCAACUGGCGAGGCGACGUCGAACGAUUACGUACAGCCGGUACAGCCAGCAUUCAGUACCGGUACACACGCGCCAACGAACGCCAUUCGCAGACGCUCAUUAAGAAAGAAAUUCGUGACAUUACCCUAUGUUAUGAACCCAAUGGCGCCAACAAAGACACCCCUAGGCCCAACGCUGCAUUGUUUCAAACAGAAAGUUGAGGACGCGCCGCGCAUUUCAAUUCGACAGGAGAGUUGAAUUGUAGAAUACAAACUGAGUUGUCGAAGAAAUAACAGACACUCAAGGACUGGAGGACGAACGUGACAUAACAGUGAAAAGGAUUCCGAUCUUGGGAAAUUUUGGCACAAAUGUACAUUUACCUGAAAUCGACGGUGAAUGUGUAAAGGAUUCAGUGAUUUAUGUGAAACAGGCGGUUAAGGACACAGGACAAAUAAUAUUAGUGAUUAUUUUACAACAAGUUGAGUUAAGAGGUUGGCUAUGGACACGACAGUACCUCGGGUGCUGUUAAGCAUAGCUUUAGCUGCUUUAUUGCCUAUAGCAUCUGCCAAUAGUCAAGAUCGAUUAUCAAAGGAGAAUAUACCACAUUCAAGACAGAAAAGGAUACUAUGGAUAACCAACGAUGGUCGAUUGGCUUUACCCCCUGGUACAACCAUGACGAUCACACCUUCUCUUUCAAUGCCUUUCGUAAGGCACCCACCUAAAGGGUUCCUGUCUAAUAUGACAGUUAGUUUUCCUUUUACAAUUGACUUCGAUAAGCUAGGCUUGACUGACAAUGAGAAUCCUUACGGAGACUUUCCGCCGAUAUUUGCAAGAUCCAUGGGUCGGGCAGCCGUAUCAAUGAUGACUGACUACAUCGGACAAUACUUAGAGAGGAGAAGAGGCAAACGGUCCACAGACCAUGAUAUUCCUCCAGAUGUGGAAAAAAAAGCAUUAGAUAAAUUACAUGGAGGAGAAAGGGCCAUAUUGUAUGGUUUGGCAGAAGACUUAUUGUCUAAUUUCGGAAUGUCUGGUAAGGAAUGUCUUCUACGAGUCAUUUGUGAGGUGCAGUCUCGUCCAUUAAAAAAUUUCGGAUUCUUAGGAGAGAUCAUGAAGUUAUUUUUUACCCCAAGCAAAUCUCCAUAUGCGGAUUUGCUCCCAGAGUACGUCGAGGCUGAGAAAGCAGGCAGUCAGCCUGGUGGAGAGUGCUGGAGUUAUUUCCGGCUGUGUCCCAAGAGUAUCUUCCAAACACCUAAUAAAUACUCGAAAGACGCAGAAGAUUUGCAUAGACGACAAGAAGAUAUCAAUGAAAACAAUAUAGAAGAUAUAAGGGCUAUGUAGAUCAAAGUGAUCACACUAUCUUAGAUGUCUGAUUGUCAAGCUGAUGAUUGAGGUGAUA